CAAUGCAACACUGCAAACAGAUGCGAUACCGAUGCAAAGCAACACUGCAUGGUAACACUGAUUUGUCAAAUAAUGCAAUGACAUUUAUUAACGUUUGUGAACGCAAUAUUGCUUUGUCGUGUUUCUUUGUGUGGUAAAAAUGAAUCUUGACCAAUUGUGCACUUUUGUUUUUGAAAACGCCCUAGAAUUUGGCGAAAAAAGAAAUUCAAGUAACGUGGUGUUCAUUAAAAAAAUAUUAAAUAAGCGAAAGCGCCGGCGUGUUUUUUUAACCGGUGGUGGCCCAAAAAGGAAAAUUCCAAAAACGUCCAACUUCUGCAAAACGAUGAAAUGUAUGCAGGAUUACGUUUUUUAUGCUCAUUUUCGUAUGAAAAAGAGCACAUUCAAGAAUUUGCAGACCAUGUUAAUGCCGUGGUGGCCUCCGCGCACAACUGGACGAAUUGGAAUUUCUUUGGAAAAGGUCUUGCAAAUUGCAAUUUGGAAGCUGACCAAUAAUUGUUCUUUUAGAGAUGUCAGCGAUCGUUUUGGAGUAGCUGUUGGUCUCGCAUAUAAAGUCUUUGUAAAAAUAAUAAAGAUGAUCUGCCGUUUAAAGAAAGACGUCAUCAAAUUUCCAAGAAGUGAAGCUGAACAAAAGCAAACCAGCGAAGCAUUUUCAACUCUACGUUUCAAUCCUUUUCCUUUUGUACUCGGGUGCGUCGAUGGUACACAUAUUCCCAUUUCGCAGCCAAUCAGAGAUGAAAUCAGUUACCGGAAUCAAAAGGGGACGUACUCAAUCAUUGCUCAAGCUAUUGUCGACAGCCGUAUGAAAUUCAUAGAUGUGUUCAUAGGGUGUCCGGGAGCAUGCCAUGAUGCUUCAAUUUGGCAAAUGAGCCCUAUCAAGAAGGCCAUAAUUAACAAAGAAAUAAAUAUUUAUCCCAACUACCAUUUUUUGGGCGAUGGAGGUUAUCCUUUGGAGAUGUGUGUUAUGGUUCCUUAUCGCGAUAAUGGAUUCCUGACACCAAUGCAAUCGAAGUACAAUGCAAUUUUAAGUUCAACUCGGGUUGUUGUAGAACAGGCAUUUGGCGUUUUGAAGAAGAAAUUUAGAAUUCUAAAGUAUAUCGAAGUUAAAAAUCCAAGUUUGCCAAAAUUAAUAACAAUGGCUUGUAUGAUUAUUCACAAUAUUAUUAUUAUAAAUGAAGGGAACAACGCCGAUGAUUUAAUCGCAGAAACAAAUGCCAUCACUUCUGAAACACUCGAGGAAGUCACUUUACCAGGACAAAGAGAGGCAAAAGCAAAGAGAGAUGCAUUGGCAACUUUGUUAUCAGCCUAAUGCAUCUCUCUUUGC